AUGUCUACGUUUGUCAAAUCCUUUUUAUACUCAGCUGCUCGAAACUGCAUUAAUCAAAAACCGCCAGCAAUUACUGCUUCGUUUAAUAAAACAUUGACUCGAACAUGGAUGAGUACGGCCGGAAUAGAGAAAUCACAUUGCGCGAUAUUGUUUCCUGGUCAAGGCGCACAGUACGUUGGCAUGGGUAAAGAUUUAUACGCAAGUUUCGCAUCCGCACGCAAAGUUUUUGAUGAAGCCGAUGAUGCAUUAGGCGGUGGAUUCAAAGAUCUGAUGUUUGGUGGUUUACAACAAAAACUUACUCUAACUGAAAACGCCCAACCGUCAAUAAUGACUGUUUCUAUUGCGAUCUUGCGUGUUUUGGAGGAAGAAUUUGGAUUUGAUGUCUCCUCUGCAUGUACAUACGCUCUCGGCCACUCAUUGGGCGAAUACUCUGCGCUAGUUGCGACAAAAUCAAUUAGUUUAUACGAUGCGGUGAAACUUGUGCGAUUACGCGGAGAAGCAAUGUCAAAAACAGUAUCGCAACGCGGUGUAAAAACCGCCAUUGCCGCAGUUGUCGUAAAAUCAAAUAAACUCGCGGAACUAGAAUCGUCGAUGGAUGAGAUUCGCGCUAGUUUACCAGAGGGAGAACUUGUAGAGCUAGCGAAUAUUAAUAGUUCUUUCCAGGUGGUAAUUAGUGGUACAAGUCUCGGCGUGGAUCACGCGUCACGGUUGUUACAGUACAAGCAAAUCGCAGCACGCGCGGUUGAUCUUCCUGUUUCCGCCCCGUUUCAUUGCGUACUGAUGAAACCUGUAUCCGAAGAACUUCGCAAAGCAUUUCAAGAGAUUAAAUUUCAACCCCCUGUCGUAGAAAUAAUAUCCAAUGUGACCGCAAAGCCAAUAGCAUCAGUCGAAGAUAUUCCAAAACUUCUAGCCGAACAAGUGACAGCUACGAUACAGUGGCAACGGAGCAUAAAGUAUUGCAAAGAUCGUGAUAUUGAGCAUUUUAUUGUGUUUGGGCCUGGUAGGGUGUUGGCAAACCUUCUCAAGAAAGAGUAUCCGCUUGAUCGGAUAAGAUCUAUUACUACCGCUGAGGAUAUCGAAUCUCAUGCUAGGGAAUUGCAUCUUACAAAGCAAACGUGGGAUCAAGAGGACUAUGAAAUAUUUGAUCUAGUGGAUCAACUCGAAAAUGCAGAAGGUAAAGACGUAAACUUUUAUUCAUGGUUGGGAUUGGACGAGACUGCCACUGAUAAAGAAAUCGGGAAAGCCCGUGUUAUUCCAGUUAUUUUGCAUCUAUUAACAAAUAAUUCGAAAACAAAAAGUCCGGAUAAAAAUCCCGACGCAAGCACGCAAGAGAAGUUCGCACGUCUCGGUUCCAUCACCGCAAUUCUUCGCAACGCGGAUUCAAGGGAACGUUACAAUUUCUUUCUAAAAAAUGGAGUUCCGCGCUGGCGAGGUACCGGUUACUUUUAUCGUCGUCAUCGACCGGGAAUCAUCGGCGUGUUAACAUUUCUUCUCAUCCUAAUCUCGGUUCUUCACUACCUUGUAAUGUGGAUAAAUUUCUAUCAGGAACGUAAACGUGUUCAGUAUUAUAUUCAGGAAGCGCGUGAAGUCGCAUGGGGCAAACGAAUGAAAAGGCAAGAAACGCGGAAACGUGUUAAUGUGAAUGAUCGUCAAUUUGUUGUUGAAGGCGAUUAUAUCGCGCUUUUGACUGAUGAUGGUGAAGAGUACCCGUUGGAUAUCGAGGGGAUUGUUGUGCCACGCGUAAUGGAUUCGUUUGUUUUUAUGUUGCCUAGAUGGUUGUAUCAACUAAUUAGUGACAAAAUGCGAGAAGGGAAAAUUCGAAAGAAAGGAAUUUAUUCGAAUGGAUUAAGAAAAGCGAAUAGAACAAAAGAUACAGCAGAUGAUGACCAUUUGUUGGGAGAUGAAAAAAGUUCAUUUUCUAGUGAUGAUGAACAAAGUGAAGCUAGCAGUGCUACUGAUAAUGGAAAAGUGCGACAAUCUCAUAAAAGACGGACUAAUAACGAUAGACGAAAAAAAAAUCGAAAGUGA